AUGUGCCCCUUUCUUCCCUGCUUGUCCUGUUGCUGUCUGCUCCUGUUUUUCUCCCUGGGAAUCCAGGGAGUCCCAAAGGAUCCCAAAGCUGCCCCUGAGCAAGUCCACCUGUCCUAUCCAGAUGAGCCAGGAUCCAUGACUGUAACCUGGACCACAUGGGUCCCAACCCCCUCUGAAGUGCAGUUUGGGCUACAGUUAUCAGGGCCCCUGCCCUUCCGGGCCCAUGGCGCCGUCAGCCCCUUUGUGGAUGGAGGCUUUCUCCGACGGAAGCUCUACAUACACCGUGUCACACUGCGGGGACUGCUGCCGGGAGUCCAGUAUGUUUACCGCUGUGGCAGUACUCGGGGCUGGAGCCGGCGGUUCCGCUUCAAGGCCCUAAAGAAUGGGCCCCACUGGAGCCCCCGUCUGGCUGUGUUUGGGGACCUGGGGGCUGACAACCCGAGGGCCCUACCCCGGCUGCGCAGGGACACUCAGCAGGGCAUGUACGAUGCUGUUCUCCAUGUGGGAGACUUUGCCUACAACAUGGAUCAGGACAAUGCUCGCGUCGGUGAUGAGUUCAUGCGGCUCAUCGAACCCGUGGCUGCCAGCCUACCAUACAUGACAUGCCCUGGGAAUCAUGAGGAGCGCUACAACUUCUCUAACUACAAGGCUCGCUUCAGUAUGCCAGGGAACACUGAGGGCCUGUGGUACAGCUGGGAUGUGGGCCCUGCACACAUCAUCUCCUUCUCCACGGAAGUAUAUUUCUACCUCCAUUAUGGUCGCCACCUGGUAGAGAGACAGUUUCAUUGGCUGGAGAGAGACCUCCAGAAAGCCAAUGAGAACCGGGCAGCCCGGCCAUGGAUCAUCACCAUGGGUCACCGGCCCAUGUACUGUUCCAACGCUGACUUGGAUGACUGUACAUGGCAUGAAAGCAAGGUUCGAAAGGGCCUCUUUGGCAAGUUAUUUGGACUAGAGGAUCUUUUCUACAAAUAUGGGGUUGACCUGCAGCUGUGGGCUCAUGAGCACUCAUACGAACGGCUGUGGCCUAUAUACAACUACCAGGUAUUUAAUGGCAGUCAAGAGAUGCCCUACACCAACCCUCGAGGCCCAGUCCACAUCAUCACAGGAUCUGCUGGCUGCGAGGAGCGGCUGACUAGCUUCACCCUCUUUCCACGGCCCUGGAGCGCCGUGCGGGUGAAGGAGUAUGGGUACACACGGUUACACAUCCUCAAUGGGACCCACGUCCACAUCCAGCAGGUGUCCGAUGACCAGGAUGGGAAGAUUGUGGAUGAUGUAUGGGUGGUGAGACCCCUGCUCCACCGGAUGAUGUACCUCUAG